CGAGGGAGCUGGAAGGGGUUGGCCGCCGGCCGGGCCCCGCCCCAGGGCCGUCUCCCCUAGGGUUCCGUUGGCUGUGGCGGCAGCUGAGGCUGUGGCGGCUGUAGCUGCCGGGCGCGCGUAAGAUGGCGACAGCAGCGGCGGGAGCCCUAGGCCUGCUGUCGGGCUGGCUGUGGAGCGAGCGCUUCUGGCUGCCCCAGAACGUGAGCUGGGCGGACCUAGAAGGGCCGGGCGACGGCUACGGCUACCCGCGCGCAGAACACGUCUUCUCGGUGUUCCCCCUGGCGGCGGGCAUCUUCUUCGUGAGGCUGCUCUUCGAGCGGUUUAUUGCCAAACCCUGUGCACUCCAUGUUGGCAUCGAGGACAGUGGUCCUUAUCAGGCCCAACCCAAUGCCAUCCUUGAAAAAGUGUUCGUAUCUAUUACCAAGUAUCCUGAUAAGAAAAGGCUGGAGGGCCUGUCAAAGCAACUGGACUGGGAUGUCCGAAAAAUCCAAUGCUGGUUUCGCCAUCGAAGGAAUCAGGACAAGCCCCCAACGCUCACUAAAUUCUGUGAAAGCAUGUGGAGAUUCUCUUUUUAUUUAUGCAUAUUCUGCUAUGGAAUUAGAUUUCUCUGGUUGUCACCUUGGUUCUGGGACAUCCGACAGUGCUGGCAAGGCUAUCCAUUUCAGCCUCUCUCAAGUGGACUUUAUUGCUAUUAUAUUAUGGAAUUGGCCUUCUAUUGGUCUCUUAUGUUUUCUCAGUUUACAGACAUUAAAAGAAAGGACUUCCUGAUCAUGUUCGUGCAUCACUUGGUCACCAUUGCACUUAUCACCCUCUCCUACAUCACCAACAUGGUUCGAGUGGGAACUUUGAUCAUGUGUCUACAUGAUGCCUCAGACUUCUUGCUGGAGGCAGCCAAGCUGGCCAAUUAUGCCAAGUAUCAGCGGCUCUGUGACACACUUUUUGUGAUCUUCAGUGCUGUUUUUAUGAUCACUCGUCUAGGAAUCUAUCCAUUCUGCAAGGUAUCUAAGGAUGAUCGCAGUGAUGUGGAGAGCAGCUCAGAAGAAGAUGAGGGGACCACCUGCACAAAAAGCCCCUGUGACAGUAGCUCCAGCAAUGGUGCCAAUCGAGUGAAUGGUCACAUGGGAGGCAGCUACUGGGCUGAAGAGUAAGGUGGUUGGUAUGGGGACUUAAGCACACAUGGACUUGUAGAGCCACUGGCUUCUUGGGUCUCCCACAUCUACUCUUAUGUAACUGGGGGACAGCAAGGCACUGAGGAGAAUCAAAGAAGCAAAUGUUUUCACUUUUUUUUUAAAACCCUGCCAUUUUUGUAUUUAAUAGCCUCCAGAUCCUUUCAAUAAUGUUAUUUGCUGUGUGUGUGUGUUUGUGUGUGUAUUUGUGUGUGUUCUUAUGCAUGUGCAUUUGUGCAUAUGCAUGAGUUUCAUUGCCUAGGUUGGGGCACAAUUCUGGACUGGGGCCACUAGGCCUUGCCUAGUCGCUUUGAACCCAGCUCAAUCCUAGAUUUGGCUGCAUCUUGAAUUAUACUGGGUCCAGACUAUCCCUUACCUUUUUGCCCAUGGCUCUUGAGGCUCUAAACUCCUGGACCAUUGGAAUGGGGCAGCCAAGUUCAACUUCAGGUUCCUGUACUGUUCCUCUUUUGGAGCUAAAAUAUUUCAGAAGAAGUUGUAAAGAAACAGAAUGAUGAUGGAUGGCCAGGAUUGCUAUGCCCCCAAGCUAGAUCCUUUUCCUACCACAGGAUAGUGAUGGGGACAGCUCCUGAUAACCCUGCUUUUUACUCAAUGGUACACAGGGAGUGGGGUGUGGGAGAGAGUGAGCUGAGGCCUGGAGGAGGACAACAGCCACUGGGUGAGCUGUUAAUGGUUUUAUAUUUGUUUACUCUUCUGUGAUUAAAAGUGCUUCAACCCUC